CGCAGCGAAGCAACCUAAUCCUGGGCAGGGCCGGGGCUGCGCAGUCAUGAUCACUGCCAAGGCCUCGGUGGACUCCUCCGUCCCCUCGGUACCUGGUACUGCGGUGGCCACCGAUGUCCCGGAGCGCGAGGAGCCAGCGUGGCCCUGGAAAGAUGCCGCGAUCCGGGUGCUGGUGCAGCGCAUCCACCAGUUGCAGGCUGAACGCGCGCAGGCCUUCCGCCGGCUGGAGGACCUCAGGACCCCCACCUGCCGCAGAGGCCACCUCCAGUACCUACGAAGCGGUCCGCCCUACGACUUCCCCCGCUACCGGAGCACAGUGCACGAGGUGACCCAGGCCUUCGCCGCCGCCUCGCGGGAGGUGCUGGCGGUGGAGGCCGAGCUGGCUGGGCCCAGAGGGCAGCCGCUGCUCGCGAGCCACGUGCGCAGCCUGCAACAGCUGGAGCAGACGCGCCUCGCAACGGUGGCCCUGCUGCAGCUGAUGGGGACGCCAGAGCUGACCGGGCAGGAGGACACCGUGGAGAUGCACGAGCUGAAGAUGAAGGUAAUUAAAACCAUGGAAGCGAUCAGCGAGGUUCUUCAGGACCUUAGGUUUGAUGCAGAAUCUGCCGAGUGAUGGUGGCUCCCCAGUGACACGCCAAGGCAUAUGGGAAAUGAGAUGAAUGGCGCCCAGUCUACCCCCUGACUGUCAGCUGGCUAGGGUCACACGCCACCAGGUCGCCGACUGCCCUUGAGUUCGCUGCGCCUCCCACAAUAAAGAACCUUUCAUCUGCA